AUGACACAGAAAUAUUGCGCUAUUCGUAUAGAUCUAAUUCAUAAAUCAAAUGGUUUUAUCACUAAUCACAAUGUUUUCAAUGACGCUGAUCAUGAGAUUAAUGCAAAAGGAGUAAUAAAAAGUGAUAUUAUUGGUAAUACGAAGCGUUGCUUCAUAACCAGAACAUUUGAAAAGAUCUAUACACAUGCACAAAAUAAUUCUGGUUACUUUAUAAUUAUUGGAUUGAUUGUAUUAGCUGCUAUAUCAUGGUAUUUUUGUAUUAGACCUACAUUUCCAUGCGACUAUAUCCCACCAACUGGAUUUGAUUUUUCACAGUCACAACAACGACCACCACCUCCAACUUAUGAUGAGACAAUUUUCAAAGAUCAUGAAGACAAUUCUACAAGACGACGUCAAGCUCCAUCAGCACCUCCAGAAUACGGUUGGACAUCAAAUGUUAUGGGUCCAUCACAGUCACGUUCUCGAUGGAAUUGGAAUAAAUCAGAAGAUCAGUCUACUUCAUGGUUAUCUAAUGGGCUAGCUGCAGGUGCUGGAUUUCUUGGAGGCUAUUUUAUGGGAUCUAGAUCAAAUACCAAUCCUGGUAGUGGUUAUUCACGAACUACUCCAGUCUAUACUGAAGAAGAAUCAUUUGUUCGAAGUGGAAGUGGUUUUUCAGAUUCACAUUAUACUUCUUCAAAUACACAUUUUACACAUGAUCGUCGUUCACGAACUCCUUCACCGGAAACUCAUAUAUCAUCGGGUAAUGUACUAAUGUUGUUUAUUGUUUGUGUGUAUAUAGAGUAG